GAUGGGAAAUCCACAUUUUCGAUGUUGAGGCAUUCUUCAGAUGUAUCCAAUUUAAGAUUUCCUUCGUAGGUUGUUACCGAUGGUAAACAUUUUUCAAUAGCGUCAUCAGUUAAUAGGUCUUUUUUAUAAGGACCUAGUUUUCUUUUCCUUUUCGAACCAUCCAUGUUUAUUUUCCGUGUACAGUUUAUAAGUCUUAUCUUCGUUAUGAUCAGGUUUCUGAAAAGCUUGGAGGAAAUUUUCGGGAGGGUGAAAAUGGGGGCCACAGAUAAUGCGGAGGGGUCUUGUUAUUGUUUUAUCGGCAGAGAAACCUGUGAGCGCCCCGUCAUCCACAGCAUGGGUCAGCGUGUUAUUUGAUACAUGCACUGUCCAGCAUGCGCACUUCGUUAUCAGUUCAAAUGAACGCCCGACUGUUCCUCAGUUUUUACUUGUAACUCAUUAACUUACAUGUAACUCGGAUAAAAUGUUUGCGUGUAUAUUCUUCAACGAAGAUGCCAGUCUUAGUGUUGUUGGGAAAAACAACAAGAGUUUAAAACUUGUAAGUGACGACUGGGAACCACGAGGAAAGGUUGAAAUGUACUGGCCAGGAAAAGUCGCGGGACAACGAUCCCUUUAUCAUGGAACCAUAAUCAAAGUUGGGGACGAAGAAAAUUUGAACAAAUUUGCAACACUUGCUUAUUCAAAAAUCUUGAAAAAGCAGAAGGGGCUAAAUGAUGUUCCAGAGGAGCUGUUUUCUUUUGAAAUGAGUUCAGACGAAAGUUUCGAAAAAAGACAUAGGUGUAAAACUAAAAAGAUGCAGGAGUCAGAGGAGCAAGAGGACACGCUGAGUCCCAAAAAGAAGAAGAAGAAAGAUGAUGGAAAAAAGGAAGGUUCCAAGGAAAACAAAGAUGAAGAGAAGGAAAAGAAGAAGGAAAAUUCAUCAAAAAAACAGCCAGAAAAACAAAAAAAAGUGUCCAAAAAACUGGAAGCUCUGCCUGAAGGAUUAAGGACCUUGCAGAACAAAUAUUGCAGCAAUCUCUUUGGUCAAUUUUCUACAUCUGUCCCAGCAACCUUGCCAGAAACUGACGGCAUAUUUUCUGUCUCCAACUUUAACUUGAUUGACCCAGAGAGUACCCUUUCAGAGCCAGCCUUACCAGUGUUAAAGCCCACUGCAUCCAAGACACCUGUUGACCCAAAGAGUACCAAUUCAGAGCCUGCCUUACCAGUGUUAAAGCCCACUGCAUCCAAGACACCUGUUGACCCAGAGAGUACCCCUUCAGAGCUGGCCUUACCAGUGUUAAAGCCCACUGCAUCCAAGACAUCUGUUGAAACAAGAGUUCCAUCUGGUGAGGUACUGCAGGUCCUGGAGGGACUAAUGAAACCAGAAGUCCAGCUUUACAUUAGAGACUUAGUCCACUUUGUAAAGCAAAAUAAACCACAGAACUCAUUUGAGAACACCAGUGGUGACCAGCAGAGUUGGGAGCAGACUGGACAUCACCAUGACUUCACCGCACCUUACAGACAAAUUGAGUCUCAUUACAGCAAUCCUGGGGGGGCUUUGCCCCCCUGGUCCCCCUACCAGGGCUCUGCCCUGGACCCGCUCGGGGCCUGA